GCGGUGCCGCCUGCCCGGGGCCGCUGCCGGCGGCUCCGCGUGGGAGGCGGCGGCGCCGGGCGGAGGCUCCGCGGCCGCGGGGCCGGGCGGGCUGCGCGGGGCUGCGCGGGGCUGAGCGGGGUGUUGGUGGUUCCGCGGAUUUUGCGGGGUAUCAGUGGCUGCGCGGAUUUUGCGGACUGAGCAGGGUAUCAGUGGCUGCGCGGACCGUGCGGGCUGUCGGUGGCUGCGCGGAUUUUCCCGGCUGUCGGUGGCUCCGCAGAUUUUGCGGGCUGUCGGUGGCCGCGCGGAUUUUGCGGGCUGAGCGGGGUAUCGGUGGCUGCGCGCACCGCGCGGGCUGCGCGGGGCUGCGCGGAGCAUGUCGGCGCUGCGGCGCAAGCUGGGCGAUGAGUACCAGGUGGUGAGCACCUCGGCCAGCGGCGGAGGCCUGCCGCCCCCGCGCAGCGCCCCGCGCGGGAAGCGCCAGCGCUUCGUGGACAAGAACGGGCGCUGCAACGUGCAGCACGGCAACCUGGGCGGAGAGACCAGCCGCUACCUGUCCGACCUCUUCACCACGCUGGUGGACCUCAAGUGGCGCUGGAACCUGUUCAUCUUCAUCCUCACCUACACCGUGGCCUGGCUCUUCAUGGCCUCCAUGUGGUGGGUGAUCGCCUACAUGCGCGGGGACCUCAACAAGGCGCACGACGACAGCUACACGCCGUGCGUGGCCAACGUCUACAACUUCCCCUCCGCCUUCCUCUUCUUCAUCGAGACCGAGGCCACCAUCGGCUACGGCUACCGCUACAUCACCGACAAGUGCCCCGAGGGCAUCAUCCUCUUCCUCUUCCAGUCCAUCCUGGGCUCCAUCGUGGACGCCUUCCUGAUCGGCUGCAUGUUCAUCAAGAUGUCGCAGCCCAAGAAGCGGGCCGAGACGCUGAUGUUCAGCGAGCACGCCGCCAUCUCCAUGCGCGACGGCAAGCUCACGCUCAUGUUCCGCGUGGGCAACCUCCGCAACAGCCACAUGGUGUCCGCCCAGAUCCGCUGCAAGCUGCUCAAGUCCCGCCAGACUCCGGAGGGAGAAUUCCUGCCCCUGGAUCAGCUGGAGCUGGACGUGGGCUUCAGCACGGGGGCUGACCAGCUCUUCCUGGUGUCCCCCCUGACCAUCUGCCACGUCAUCGACUCCAAGAGCCCCUUCUACGACCUGUCCCAGCGCAGCAUGCACACCGAGCAGUUCGAGAUCGUCGUCAUCCUCGAGGGCAUCGUCGAGACCACGGGGAUGACGUGCCAGGCCAGGACAUCCUACACGGAGGACGAGGUGCUCUGGGGCCAUCGCUUCUUCCCGGUGAUCUCCUUGGAGGAAGGGUUCUUCAAAGUGGAUUAUUCCCAGUUCCACGCCACCUUCGAGGUGCCCACCCCGCCCUACAGCGUGAAGGAGCAGGAGGAGAUGCUGCUCAUGUCCUCGCCCCUGAUCCCGCCCGCCGUCAGCAACAGCAAGGAGAGGAACAACUCCGUGGAGUGCCUGGAUGGGCUCGACGAGGUGGGCACAAAGCUGCCCUCAAAACUGCAGAAAAUCACCGGGAGGGACGACUUCCCAAAAAAACUGCUCAGGAUGAGCUCCACCACCUCGGAGAAGGCCUACAGCAUGGGCGAUCUGCCCAUGAAACUCCAGCGCAUCAGCUCGGUGCCCGGCAACUCCGAGGAGAAACUGGGCUCCAAGACCACGAAGAUGAUGUCGGAUCCCAUGAGCCAGUCGGUGGCAGAGCUGCCCCCCAAGCUGCAGAAGCUCUCGGGGGGCGGGGGCAGGAUGGAGGGGAACCUGCCGCCCAAACUGCGCAAAAUGAAUUCCGACCGCUUCACAUAACACGGCUGGCACGGCGAGGAGGGCAGCGGGGGCUGCCGGGGGCUCGGGGCCGCCCAGGAGCCGGGGUGGGCUCGGGGGAGCCGGGGUGGGCUCGGCGCUCCAGGAGGCGGGAGCGUCCCGCGGGAUUCGGAGCGAGGGCCGCGUCCCCGGCCCGUGGGAGCCCAGCGCAUGCAAUAACUGUGUGCAAUCUCUGCGUCUCGUCCGUGGCAUGACUCCUCCUGUAUUUAUACUCUGUACCCCUGAACACGCAGAGGGGCCGUCCUGCCCCUGCAUUCCCGAGGGAAUAGGGACAACGCGGAGUGGGGAACUUGCAGGGUAAGCGGAACUCGAGUUGAAAGCCUUUGGGUUCGGUUUUUUUUUCCUGCCGUGGGUCAUGAUUUGCUCACCCAAGUUGUUUGCUGCAUGUGGUUUUUUUUUAACUCCAAGGAGGUGUUUUAGUUCACCCCUCACAUUGAAUCUGCUCGCCUUAAAUCCACUGCUGGUUUCUAGUUUGCUUUCAGGUUUGGUUUUUUUUUUGUGGGGGGAGUUGUUCCCUGUGUCAAAGCCACCAGGAAAAAUACCGGGGGGAAAAAAUAAAUAUCUGUGUUUCAUCAGGCUUUGUUUAGAAAAGAAACUUGUGUUCUUAAGCCUGGAGCAAAGUGAUAAAUAAAUGACUCAAGUUCACACUUUAGGUACAAUUAGUAACAUUUUUAUAAAAAAAUCUUUGUGGUUUAUAUGUGGAAGAAAAUCAGCAGGAUGUCCUUGAUUUCUCUGGUUGCUGAAACAGCCAACCAUGGAAAAAGCUGAAUGUGCCCGCGGUGCCCGGCAGGCUCUUCUCUUGGGAGAACUGCACCCCAGAAGCAGAGCCCCAGUUCCCCCAGUCUCCCUGGAUUUCCCUGCCAGGCAGGGCAGGGUGCUCCAAGCCUCGUUCCUGGGUGGGUUUUUUUUGGUGAACGCCCUGUUUGACCUUGUUCUGAGCUGCAGGUCACCCUGGGGCUCCAGAGCAAGCCAGGCCUCGGAGGAAUGCUGAAGUGUGGGGCUGGUUGCUCUGUGGCUGUGCUUGGGUCUCCUUUGCCCACCUGCAUCAAGGCAGGGGGGCUCUGUGGUGAGGCCUGGGGGUGUGGAGCACUCCCCAAAAUCCAGAGGGCUGAGGUGCCCCUGGACCCCUGGGCUGUGUCUGGGGCCUUGGAGGAGGUUUGGGAUGGAGGGAGGGAUGGAUGGCACCGUCAGGGGUUGGGUGGGAAAGGCACCCAGCCCACCAGGAGCGGGGCUCCCUGUGCCAUCCCGUGGGUGAAACCCUUGGGAUCACACCCAGCUGCUCCUGGCUGUGGGCAGAGAACAUCCCAGGAUGGGCACGCUGGCUCCGGGCGCUCCCUGCAGCCGUGCCAGCCUUGCUGGAUAAUUAAUGACAGGGCUGAGGGGUUUUGAGGAGAAAAUUGGGAUUUUAUAGAUGCUGGCAUGGAACGAGGCCUUGGAAGCCCAGCGCUGCUGGAGCUGGCUCAGCCACCAGUGUCCCUGAAGUGUCAGUGUGUGACUGUCACUGUAUUCCCGAGGAUGCUGGGCAAUUCCCAGAGUUCCUUCCCAUGGUUCAUCCUGAUCUCACUCUUAUUCUUCUCUUCGUCUAUCCCAAUUCUGUUGUUUUCCUUAUUCUAGUUUGUUUCUUAUUCUUAUUCUUAUUCUCUUCCUCUUAUUCUAUUCUAAUUCUUAUUAUUUUCUAUUCUAUUCUAAUUUUCUUUAUUCUGUUAUUACUCUUAACCCAUUACUAUUCUGUCUUUUGUUCUUUGCUCUAUUUUUAUUCCUAUUCCAUUCUAAUUCUGUUCUAUUUUAUUCUAUUUCCUAUCCUACUUUAAUUUAUUCUAAUCUCUUACUCUAUUUCCCGUUCUUAUUCUUGAUCUAUUUUUAUUCUUAUUCUCUUCUUAAUAUAUUCUGUUUCCUAUUCUUAUUCCUGAGCUAGUCUUGUUCUAGUCUAUAUUAACUCUAUUCUAACUUUAAUUCUAUUUUGAUUUUAUUUUCUAAUUCUAUUCUAAUUUUAUUUCUAUUCUAUUCUAAUUUUAUUCCUAUUCUAUUCU